AUGGAAGGUCUUCGAAGCAUCUUAAACUGGGGCGUUAAAGGUGCUGAUUUAUAUUUGGGAAGAUCGCUCUGGACACUCUGGGAAGAAUGGAUGAAGGAAAGGAAGCCGGAAAUCCCUGAAGAGUUGAACCUGGCUGUAGAUGAACAGAAAGAAAAAAUUACUGAAAAAGCAAUUCUUUCAAUGACAGCAAAGGAACACCAUAAGGCACAAGAAGAAGUGAGCAGGCUGAUUGAUGAAUUGCAGACAGCUAUCAAAAGCAACAGAGGUCAUCUCUCUAAACUUGGCCCCCAAUUACGGGCUGAGCAGGAGCAAUUCUCCUCUUAUGUCUACCAACACAUUAAAAGCCUUCCAGCAAACACUCUUAUCCCAGGAGGCCUGCAGCUCAAGAUAUUUGAAAAUGGUAAAGACACUGGCGAGAUCUCUGUUUGCAUCAGCAAAAAAGACCUGGAGUCUAAUAGCCCAACUCAAACUGGUGAUAUGAUGGAAAAAUUACUUCUCAAGAUUCAUCAAAGGCUUCAAGGAUCACCCAUCAACCCAUCAGGCCUCAAUUUUUCUUCAAUCCGGCUUUUUGAUGAGCAUAGUCAAGAAAUUAAGAAUCCACUUUUGCUGAAGAAUGAGCAGAAAAUUUGGGUCUCUUAUGGUAAAGCAUACAGCUCUCCACUUACCCCUGUUUUGAGUCUCACCUUUGACCCGGUGACUGCAUUUGACAGAGACGGCAUUACAGUAGCAUAUAAAACCUUCUUGGAUCCUAAUGCUGUUCUGCUACCUGGAUGUGACAAUUGGGAAGUUUGUGAGAGAUUUCCAAUUAAUUUCAACAGUACCAGUCAAGAGAUACCUGAUCAAUUUGAAAAGGUGGACUUGGAGAACCAUUUCCUACAGAACAAGGUGGAUCCCAAUAUUGUCCUUCAUGCCUCUGUUUCCAUCAAAAAGCGGAGCUCCUCCAGUAGGGAAGCAAGUAGUGGAAGUGAGACUGCGCCAUCCAUCCUGUGGCCUGCAGCCAGUGUGUGGCUGAUCACAAAGGCUGGAAUGAUCCUGAGCCGGGCGAUAACGCAGGGCUGCCUAGCUAUUGGUCAUCCAAUCAGAGUCAAGGCUGCUGAGGGAACAUCACUAGAAGGAUAUAAAUUAAUCCUACAGAAAAGACAUAAAGGAGAUAAUUCUCAAAAGUGGGUGUUUGGAACUGACAGCUGCAUUUAUUCGAAGGCUUAUCCACAGUUUGUUCUGACCUACCUAGAGGAGCUCACCGCACAAGUGGAUAUGACCCAGACAGAAUAUCAUAUUCACCGUGGUGCCCAGACUACAACUCAUCAGGAAAAUGGUAGCAGCUUAGCAGAAGAGGUUCUACAAGAAUGUGCUAGCAUCUCUGGUCUGAAGCAACUGCCAGAGCCUUCAGACACCCAUUUAAUGCCAGAAGGUCCUCUUGGGGAGACAAGGCAGCUGACAGUGGCACUGGUGAGGAAACUGGAAGAGAAACAUCCUAAGGCUUCUGCUCAGAGGUGGGCCAUAAAACAUGAAGGGACUAAUAAGCCAGGCCAGUGGAAACAUUCCAGAGUUGAAAAUCCGCUCUGGAACAAGCUUACCUACAUGUGGCCAGUUCUUCCCAGUGGACGACUUAAUGAGGAGUUUGAUUGGCCAAUAGAAGGACUGCUUAUUCCAAACAGUCCUCCCAUGAAGAAAUCUAUCAGUAAGACCCCAGAGCUGAGUGUCCCUGUGAGGCUCAGAGUUCUACGGAAUGGAGACAAGAAUAAAAACAGAGCCUUUGUUAUAAUUGGUCCAGACAUCUCACCUGGACGGAAAAUACAGUGCACCGAAAUUUUAAAUUUACCUUCUGCAGCUCGGAGAUUGUUCAAUGAAAAAGGAAAAGAAAUCUUUGCCUUAAAAGACCUUCAAAGGGAUGAACUGGUAUAUGCUUCAUGUGGAGAACACUGGAUCAAUCCUGAUGUGUCCACUGCUCAGCAAAAGAAGCAAAUCUUCCUGAGGAACUUAGCAUCAGAUAUUUCUAAAAUCCAAACUUUCUGCAGUAUACGUAAGAUAGAAGCUCUUGUUUUAGAAGUCCAAAGUGACAUUGUGUCUGGAGCCAAGCUUGCUGUGCAUAAACCUGUAGCAAUUUUUGGAGAAGAGAAGCAAAUGAUAGGACCAGAGGAAAAGCAAAUGCAAGAAAAUGCUUUAACAACAGAAAAAGCUUCCGGUGAAAUUCUAGAUUCACAUGCAAGAGCCCAUCUCCGAAUGAAAGCUUGUCACACACUUCUCAGGUAUGCCUGGCAGGAAACUCCUCAUGAUUUUGAUGAGGAUGACAGUCUUCCAAAGAAAAUGGAAGAAGAACUCUUUGAAAAUGUGGAACCACAGAAGAAACACAGCCAUUCUCCAAAGCAGAGUAAAUUGCAGAAGCUUUGCCGCCAGCAGUUUGAAUACAGAGAUGGGCAAAUUAUAAGCUGUGCUGCUCCUCAGCUAGUUUUGGGAGUUCGAGGUCCUGAUCUGCGCUCAGGCACGGAGGUAGUUUUGGUGGAGAAAAAAGCAGAUGAUAAUCAUCAACGAUGGAUGCACAAGAAAGGCAGCAGGACCUUUCACCUGGUGAGUAACCCAGACCUUGUGCUGGCAGUGUCUAUGACCAAAACAAGAAACGAUGUCUGUGGCUAUCCAGUUAUUAUUCAGAAAUACAAACCACAUAACAAUGGGACGUCCAAUCAAAAGUGGAAUUGUGUGGAAGAUAGCAAAGCUUUUGUGGCCUUUCAUAGCACUGCACUGGACAAGGAGAUCACAGCAGCAAAUUAUGCUGGUAUUUGUACAUCCUCUGUGAUUAAAGAGGAAGACGUUGACCAACCAGGAUACUAUUAUCUCGCACCGACUGGAAAGAGAAAAACACUGCUCUGCUUAGCAUGUGGGCGAUCCAUGAGAGCAGAGAAGGGGCUCAAACAGUUGCUUCCAGGGCUGCCAUUCCUCUGUGCCUCGGGCUCCAAGAGCCAGAAGCAGUUCUCACGAGGGCCUUUCAAGGUCAUCAGUGCGGCAGGGGCUGAUUUAUCUUCUUAUGAGGCUGAGAAAACGCUAAGUUAUUAUGAAGAACGCCUGUUAUCUUUACGGAGGAAGACUUGCACCCAAGUUGUACCUCAUAGUGGUACAGCAGCUACGCACCAGAAAGCAGUGAAAAUAAUUGCAUACAAAAACGGAGGUGGAUAUCGGAAUGGGAAGUUAAUUGUGGCUGGUACAUUCCCCACACUUCUUACAGAAUGCAUGAAGCAACUUGGUCUCACCAGGGCAGCCUCCAAAGUAUAUACCAAAGAUGGGACCACGAUCCUUUCCUUAUGUGAUUUGGUUUUAUGGGCGCUAGAGGAGUCUUUCAUCCAGAGAGACACCGAGAAACAAAAGAAAGAGGCAGUUCCUGUUCAAACAAAGGAGACAACUAUUAAAAAAAACCAGAGAAUGAAAGUGAAAACCAAAUUGUUUCCAAAGUCUGUGACAUCCGAUAGUUUGGAUGGUAUAGAUAAGUCUCUGCUCACCCUCGUCCUCAGAAAUCCCAUUGCUAUCUGGGUAUCCUGCGGUGAACCAUUUCUAUCUCCAAAGACUUUGCAGAAAGCAGAAAAAGUAGAAAAACAGAACUGGUUAAAAAAGGACAAAAUUUUGGCUGAUCUAGACACCAUGAAACACAAAAUGAGACUGUUAAAAGGGCGGCGAGUAGCAGCAUGUCAGCCAGCCGCCAUGGUUCCCAACAAAAGUCCCAUGCAGCCGGUGGUGGUGGAGGGAGGCUGGACUGAGCAGACUCAAGAGGAAAUUAAACUCAUGGAUCUCAUAAGACAUACAGAGGCGCACCUUUCUGCAGUUCAAGAACCACAAGCCAAGAGAAACUCUCCAGUUGAAACUACACGUAUCGCACUCGGACAGAGCAGCCUGUAUCAGCAACCGAAUGCAAAACGUGUGUGGAUUUAUCUAAAUGGAGGCAGACCUGAAGAUGGCACUUACGCCUGGGGCAAAACUAUUUCAGAGCUGCUGAGUGACUGCUCCUCUCGUCUUAAAAUGGUCCGCCCAGCCACAACACUGUACACACCUGAUGGAGAACCAAUUCACUCAUGGGACGACAUAGAACGAGACAUGGUCAUCUGCGUUUCCACAGGACGUGGCUUUAUAACCCAAAAAGAGUUAAAGCAACUGAUGGAGGUCAGGGCAAAUUAUGCCAGAAUCCGAAGGCAGCAGGGCCCUGAAGCCACAAACAUCGUGCUGUCACAACCUGACAAGCUGCAAUUCCUGGUACAUCUACACAGUUAA